AUGCGCCGAGCUCCGGGAGCGCCUCAGGCCGGCGCCUCCCGCAUGGCCCCGGCCCGGGCCGCGCCGCCGCCGCCACCCGCCCCGCGCGGCGCCGGGCCCGGAACCCGCAACAUGGCGGCGGGCGGCGCGCGGAGAUGGCGUCACCGGGCCGGCGGCACCGCCCGGCCACGACCAGUGUCUGCCAGCUCGUCCCUGGUGAACCGCACGCUGUGUGAUGCCCACAUGCAGAAGGGCCGCGCUUUCCGUGUGAUCGUGGUGGACAGCCGGCCGCGGCUGGAGGGCCGGGAGACGCUGCGCCGGCUGGUGCGCAAGGGCAUUCACUGCACCUAUGUGAUGAUCAACGCCAUUUCCUACGUGCUGCCUGAGGUGUCCAAAGUGCUGCUAGGAGCCCAUGCGCUGCUGGCCAACGGCUCAGUCAUGUCCCGGGUGGGGACAUCCCAGAUCGCGCUGGUCUCCAAGGCUUACAACGUGCCCGUGCUGGUGUGCUGCGAGACCUACAAGUUCUGCGAGCGGGUGCAGACAGACUCCUUUGUCUCCAACGAGCUGGAUGACCCCGACGACCUGAUCGUGCUCCGCAAGGGGCAGGCCCAGCUGGGCGGCUGGUCAGAGAACAAGUCCUUGCGCCUCCUCAACCUGGUCUACGACGUGACACCGCCCGACCUGGUGGAUCUGGUCAUCACAGACCUGGGCAUGAUCCCCUGCACCUCGGUGCCCGUCGUCCUGCGCGUCAAGAACGUGGAUCAGCAGUAGGGGCGGCAGCACGGACCCUAAUAAAGCAGGCCCCGUGUUAA